UUGAUUCUGUGUGUGCGCUCAAUUCGCGUAUUCGUAUUUGUAUCUAGUUGUAUCGUUGCGGGUCGCGCCAAUAAUAAAAACAAGCUAGCUGACGCCGACGUCUCUGUCUCGUUGUCGCCUCUGCCGUUACGUUGCCGCUGCGGAUCUCUCGAAUCUGAUCUGUCGCUCGAUAGUUAUUGUCUUCUUAGUGUACGUUGUGGAGUCGUUUCUUGUUGCUGUUGUUACGCGCUUGUCCAAUGAUUUAUGAAAUAUAUUCGUAGACUGAGUCUGAUCCAACAUAUAAAUACAUAUUUAAAUAAUCCAAACUGAAAGUAUCUUAAGCGAAUGAUGCCGUGCAAUUACAUGUGUUGUUAACAAAUAGUUUGUCGGUGUGUUUGUGUGUGUUUUCCCCAACUGUAAUUUUUUGUAAUUGCAAUCACACAAGCGCAGCUGGUCCAUACAUACAUAAAGAUACAUAUUUAUAUAUUUACAUACAUAUGUACAUACGUGUGAAACAGAAAAAAACAGAUCGCAUUUCCAUCUAUUAUUCACUAUAUAGUAUAAAUAUAUCAGUCAAAGUCUCCCCAACUACCGUCCACUGCUGUUGUGUCUCUCUGUUUCCCCUGCCAUCUCCUUGUCCACCGUGUGCAAUCAUAUGAAAUCCUCCACAACAUCUAACAUUAUGGAUAUUUGGCGCUCGCUCACAGUUGGCUCAUUUCUGCUGCUGGGACUCGUGUGCUUCUAUGGCCAUGUGGAGUCGUGCAAUGAAGUCGUCUGCGCAUCCAUCGUAUCCAAGUGCAUGCUGACGCAGAGCUGCAAAUGCGAGCUCAAGAACUGCUCCUGCUGCAAAGAGUGUCUCAAGUGUCUGGGGAAGAAGUACUACGAGGAGUGCUGCAGCUGUGUAGAGCUCUGUCCGAAGCCGAAUGACACGCGCAAUUCGCUGUCAAAGAAAUCUCAUGUCGAAGAUUUCGAUGGUGUGCCGGAGCUGUUCAACGUAUUGAUCACAAAUCCGGAUGACAGUGAUACUUUCGGCUACAAUUGGAAUGUGUUCACGUUUCAAGUGGAUUUUGACAAGUACUUGAAGGGUCCCAAACUCGAAAAGGAUGGCCAUUAUUAUUUAAGAACAAAUGAUAAAAAUUUGGAUGAAGCAAUACAGGAGCGAGACAAUAUAGUUACAGUUAAUUGCACGGUAAUAUAUCUGGACCAGUGCGUUUCCUGGAAUAAGUGUCGAAAGAGUUGUCAGAGCACCGGUGCCAGCAGUACCAGAUGGUUCCACGACGGCUGCUGUGAGUGCGUGGGAUCGACAUGUAUUAACUACGGUGUUAACGAGAGUCGCUGUCGAAACUGUCCCGAAUCUAAGGAUUUGGGCGAUGAUUUCGAUGAAAACAUUGAGGAGGAGAUGCAGGACUUUGGCGACAAUAUGGGUCCUUUCGAUGGAUCAGUAAAUAAUAAUUAUUGAGAGCAGUGCGAUCAAAUGCCAUUUAAAGAA